GACGUUCUCCGACGAACAAUUUGUUUCUGUGAGUUUGCCGAUUGCUUUGAAAUCAAUUAACGGCAAUAUAAAUUGUAUCAAGACAUUGUACCAUUAACGCUCGAUACUUUAUCGUUCUUUAGUCGUCCUUUCAUUAUUCCGGUCUAACAGGAAAUAUGAUAAUUACCCCUAUAGUUGAUUAGCUUAUUCGCGUUGAUAAUAACAUGCUGUUAAUAUAUGAUAAGCCCGUGCCGUGUAUGUCUGCACACCACUUAAAGUUAAUACCAGCGAGACGAUCUUCCAACAGUUUGCGGUUGACGUUUGAUAGCGAAACAAUCCAUAAGGUCACAGAUGGUUCGUAAAAUAACCUGAAAUAUUCGCUGCGAUAAUCUUGACGGUUUCUUAUUUACCUCGGAGUGUGCGUAUAAUAAGAGAAGAUGUUUGAAAUCUUUUACCUGGGAUUAUAUUUAUUGUUCUUUGGAAAUUGCGUCGGCGAUUACUCGGACUGGGACACAAAAUGGCAAAUGCUUUGUCCCGAGUUGUACCCCAGAGUUUUUACAAGUUAUACACCUCGUGGAAAUCUUUCUAGUGGGGUAUACGCUAGUCAACCUCGUGUAAAAAGCAUGCAACAUUGUGUUGCCGCGUGCUGUACUAAUUCUGUGUGCAAUGUGGCGCUUAUGCAUAAUGGUACUUGUUAUCAUGUACAAUGUGAGAACUCCAAAAAAUGCCUACCUUUGUACAGAGCAGAUUUAGCAAAUGAAAGUCCACCAAGCAUGGUUUUAGUUAAACCUGUAGAAGACUAUGAGGUGUGGAAUGAGUUGCUAGCUCAAAUAAACGAUGAUACUGGUACAUUGCUUAUGGAUGCUAAAGAAAGAGAUGAUAUUCUUUUUGGUGGUACAAAUGGGUUGAGCUGUAUCACCCACACAAAUUGUCUAGAAAAUGAAAUAUGCGUUAAAAAUCAAGACAAAUCCGAUGUUGGAAUUUGUCAAUGCUCUGUUGGAUUUAAACGGAAUAUCGGCGGAAUUUGUACUUCGGUGGAAGACAUAGAACUUGGCGUAACGCCGCAAGUGAGAGUACAGAUUUUGAAAGAUUCCAGUACGUCGAUAAAACCACCUAUGAAACGGCUGUUAGUUUCCGCUGUCUCAAAGGAAGUACGCUUACCAGAGAAUGAAGUAACAUUGUCAGCCUAUACUGUACCUGCAGAGCAAGAAAAUGAACAUUACAAUUAUGCUUGGAGUCUUCUAAGUCAACCGGAAAGUCACACCGGAAUAAUGACCGAUCAGAAUCGUAUGACCGUUAAAUUAAGUAACCUUUCUGAAGGUUUAUAUACGUUUAAAGUAACUGUGAAUAGUCCGAAUGCUUAUGGCGAAGCAUAUGCAAAUGUCAGCGUUUUGCCACCAAAGAGAAUAAAUCAAGCACCAAUUGCUGUAAUUUCCCCUGCCUCGCAAGUCGUGAAACUACCAAACACAGGAGCUGUGUUAGAUGGUUCAUCUAGUAAAGAUGAUGAUCGAGUCAUUUCUUAUCACUGGGAAUUGCAACAAGGACCCAUUGGAUAUCAACCUAAUCUAGUCGAUACACCCACAUUACAAUUAGACAAUCUUAUUCCUGGCAAUUAUACUUUUAAGUUGACCAUUGAAGAUUCAGAUCACAUCACAAAUUCGACAAGUGCAAAUAUAACGGUUUUGAAAGUAACCGAUUAUCCUCCAAACGCAAACGCGGGCCAAGAUAUUAUUAUAUAUUUACCUCAGAAUACGUUAACACUGAAUGGUAAUUUGAGCACUGACGAUCAUGGAAUAGCAAGUUGGGAAUGGACAAAAAGUCCCUCUGAUCAAAACAAAGCUGUGGAUAUGCAAAACACAAGAACGCCGUAUUUACAACUGUCUAAUUUAGAGGAGGGAAUGUAUACAUUUGUCUUAAAAGUAACGGAUGAUUCCGAGCAGUCGUCUACAGCUGAAGUUCAUGUCUUCGUAAAACCACCAACGAAUAAACCUCCAACAGCCGAUGCAGGUGAAGAUAUAACCAUAGCGCUACCAGAAACAAGAACUAUACUCGAUGGUCGCAAAAGUAAAGAUGAUAUUAAGAUCGUAUAUUUCCAUUGGAAACAAGUCAGCGGACCCAGCAGUGCCGAAUUCUCUGCGGUCAAUGAAUCGAUUACUAAUGUUACAAAAUUAACAAAGGGUGACUAUGAAUUCAAGCUGACAGUGAUCGAUGGCAAUGGGAAUAAAGAUUCCGAUACUGUUAAAGUAAAAGUUACACAAAAUAAAAAUGCUCCACCUAAAGCAAACGCAGGAGGUGAUCAAGUCGUGAUAGCGCCUGUCAGUGUACUGAUUAUUAAUGGAUCUCAAUCAACCGACGACUUAAAAAUUAGUGAAUGGCUAUGGACAAGAGAUUCGUCUAGUCUUGUGAUAGGUACCAUAGUUCGGGAUACAGAUAAAUCACCGAUUUUAAUGCUGACAGAUAUCAUUCCAGGUAGAUACUUAUUUAGGUUAAAAGUAACAGACGAUCAAGGUCUUAGUAGUGAAGAUACUGUAUCCGUAAUAGUGAAGCCUGAUCCACAAUUAUUACAUUUGGUCGAAUUGAUAUUAAAUAUCGGAGCGAACAUGUUGACAGUAUCGCAAAAGAAUUCGUUAGUAGUAAAAUUACAAAUGUUAUUGCGCGACGAAGCGUCGAUUGUUGUUCGAAAUUUAAAAGUAGAACCACGCACGGGCAAAGCAGUAUUAAUUUUCUAUGUAGAAAAAAAAGGGGGUAAAACGACUAUGCCUGGACCAGAAGUAGUUAAACGGCUUAAAGAAAAACUCAGACAAGACUCUGGGCUUCUUCAAUUAUCUGUGGCGAAUAUCGACACUGCUGUGUGUCAAAAUAAUUGUUCAGGCCAUGGAGUAUGCGAUCAAGAAACAAGGUUAUGUAUGUGUGAGGCAUUUUGGAUGCAAAAUUUAAUACAGAAAUAUUUCGGCAACGGCGAUUCCAAUUGCGAUUGGAGCAUUCUUUAUGUGAUAAUAGCAUUAUUAUCCCUGGUUGUGUGCUGGGUUGGCCUCAUUUGGGGUCUCGUUUGUCUAUGCCAAAGAAUAUGUACAGGAAAACGACGUUCGCUUCGCACUAAGAAAAAACCACUGCGUUACUCUCUAUUGCAACCGGAACCAGAAGAUGACAGUAGCACGUUUUCAACGCAUAAAAUGGUGCUAUCCGCAUCUGAUACAGAUUCCGAUGAUGUCCUGUUCGAGCAUCGCAAGGUGAAAAACAACGGUCAAGUAAGAAACGGUAAAUCUCGAAACGGCUUUAUUAAAGUGGGUUCUAGAGUGAAGACAUGAGAUCAUACGUUUCAGGGAUUUAUGGAACAUAAGAUCUCGUUAAGCGACGCACAUUUUUGAACGUUUGGCCAAAGCAUAAAAGUACUAGUCACUUACAGGGCUGUAAUUUUAAGUACGUACCUAACAAGAACAACGCGAUUCCUCAAACAGAAGAAAUUGCCAUCUUGUAUAAAAGAAUUCAAAUGAAAUAGAAGUACUUAAGUACCGAUUAGAGAGAGAGAUAUGAGCACACGUUCAACUUCAUUGUAUUUUAAUUAAUUUAUUCGAGAAUAAUAUAUCAUUUGUCUGUAUUAUGUAUUCGAA